GUGUAUAAAAAUUAAUGAAAUAUACUUACCUGAAGGUUUUCGGUGUCGCUGAAUUCGAAAAUGAUGUUGAUUUUUCAAAAUUCAAAAUGGCGGCCACAAGAUGGCGGCCAACUGGCAUAAAAAUAUCGUGUUUCGAGUCGAAAUCAACUGAUACUUACAUUUUCGAGGUCGCUGAACUCGAAAAUGUUGUUAAUUUUUCUAAAUUCAAAAUGGCAGCUACAGAAUGGCAAAUUAAUUUUGUAUAUACUAUAAGUUUAAGGUGAGCUCCUAAAAUAAUGUAAAUAACACGUAAAGAAAAUGAUAAAUGUUUUAUUGAUAAACAUGUUUUGUUCACAAAAUGCUACAUCACACUCUAAUCGUCGUUAUCGCUUUGGGUCUCGUUAUCGCUAUCAGUAUCAUGGUUCUCGCUUCUCUCAUAACUCAACAAUACAAGCGCUUCCGAAGAUAAUGUAUUUUCUUUUUUCGGCUUUAACUUCUUCAAACUAGAAAUAUGGGGAUCAGAACAUACCAGAAGCCAAUGGAAUAUGUCUUUCAUUGUACUUUUUCUAGAACAUUUCCCGCGAAAAGUGCUCCCUGUAACUCCUAAUGUCUUUAUUUCGGGCUUCUUGUGCCUCUUCUGAUAACUGUCCGAUAGGCAAAAUAGCGGACUGGAUAAUUUUUGCGCCAUGGAUAAGAAUAUUCAGUUACAUAUAAAUUGGCUGUUUCUGUGCAAUAGCUCUCAAAUAACGGUACAUUUACAUUAAAACCGCUGGAUAAAACUUGUAAAAUAACGUAAAAUCGGUCGAAUAAUUCUUUCUUCAAGCCAAGAAUUCUGCAGGAUACUUCGAAGUUUUCAAAGAAACGUCUCGCGGUAUUCCCCAUACCAGGUUUCGGACGGUCAACUAACACAUUCAAUUCAACUUUGAACGCUUCUUGAAUUUCAGAUUUACGCUUUUUUAGAGCUUCCUUUACGUCCGCACCACGAGAAUACCAUUUCUGAAUUUCUUUUUUGUAGCCUAUGUGCAAAAGGCACUCAAAAAAUCGUAUCCAGCAAUGCAAUGUUGACAACCCGUAUUCUAAUUUAGAGUCGUCAACAUAUGCCGGAUUCACACUGCACCCCGCGCCAGCCAUGCUCGGGAAACGGCACGCGCGUGCUCACACGAAAAUCGUUCAUAAAGGCAAAUCCACAAGAAUCCGCAGUUGAUUGAAUCGCUAUUUUAUUGUAGACACUUUUCCGAUCCCGAAACUGUAAGGCUCUAAGCUCAACUCGGUUCAACUAAUGAACUGAUUUUUCACUCAAUAUUGAAAUUUUUAUUAAACAAAAGAGAAAUAAAACCCUUUCGUUGGACGUCUCUGACAGGCAUCAAUAUCAAAAUUAUCAUUCCAAGUUAGUAUAUAAAUACUCCACUUAGCAUCGCGUUGAAAAUCCAUCAGGCCUGGAUAUUCUCGGAAUAGUUGUACUCUUUUUAUAAACCAAAACUUUCGGAUACACGCUCGAGGCAAUACUGCAGCGUCACGCCCAUUCAUCGGAACGCUCAAGGUCGAGCGGCUGCCUGUUCAAAACAAAACGGGAACAUCUAUCCUCUAAAACAUCUCGACAGUAACGCACUCUAAACACAAUGAAGUCAAUUGUAUCCCGAUCGGUGACAAAAAUAUUUCGAGGUUUUGGUUCGUUUUUUGGAAUUUUCGACCACAGUGCGAGGUGGAAAAGUCUUCGCGGUCAGACUUCAUUUUUGACAAUUCACACUAUUCGUAGCUCGUGAGACUUCUCUAUACUUUAACGUUCUCUGCUGGAUAUUUAAAUAAAAAUAUAUAGGUAUGCAUUACAACAUAUUACUUUCAGUUUGUUUCAGUACUAUAUUUUCUGGCAAAUGGCUCCUACCAAAGCCUUAUAGGAAACUGCCACUUCUCGGCAAUGAGUCUACCAAGCGUGUCGAGAUGUAUUGAGCAAAUUUACAAAAUGGUAGUGAAACACAAACACUUUGAAAUUAGUGUUCCCAAUGCGGUGGAGAAUUACAAAGCAUAAAGAGGGGGUAAGUUUCCAACAUGGUACAAAAUAUCCAUUUGCACCAUUUCAACGGCUAAAAAUUUGCAGUUUUUAUAACAAAUUCGGAAUAAAAGGCGUCAUAGGUGUUAUUGAAUGCACACAUGUUGCAACACUUUCCCCGCAAUCUUUAAUCGCUGCAGUAGUGCCCCAUGAGUAUAUGAAUCGCAAGCGAUACUACAGCAUUAAUGUUGAAGCCAUUUGCCACGACGAACUCAUUUUUCAAAAUGUCCAUGCACGAUUCCCAGGAUUAUGUCAUGACUCCGGUAUAUGGACAACCUCGCCGGUGGGAAUCAAACUCAUCAGGGAACACAUUUUGGGAGCAUAUAAAUGGCUUUUAGGCGAUUCUGGUUAUCCUUUGGAGCCAUGGCUUCUUACGCAAAUAGCAACACCUACUUCCGCUAGCGAAAAGAUGUUCAAUAAAACACAUAUAAAAGCAAAGAACACAAUUGAGCGUGCCUCUGUAUCCAAAGAGCGCGUUCUCAGAUAUCCGCACAAAAAUGCUACAGCUAUCAUCUAUACAUGCGCAAUGUUCCACAAUAUGCUGCAAAAACGUGGCAUAUUCACUGAUGAGGCCAUGCUACCAGAAGACCCAUCGAAUGAUGAAAAUAGAGAACCAUAA